UACAAUAAAGUAAGAUUGGAGAGAGAACAACGAUGUUGGCUGAAGAAUCGGACGGAUCAACUUCAACCUUCGAUCUUCCGGAUGAAAUCUUACGAGUCUUACCCUCCGAUCCUUUCGAACAACUCGACGUUGCUUGUAAGAUCACUUCCAUUGCACUCUCCACUCGUCUCUCUUCACUCGAAGCCGAGUCUUCUUCCCUUCAAUUCAAACUCGCCGAGAAAGACCAAAAAAUCGCCCAUCUUCAUGCCCAGAUCGAAGCCCUCGAUGCUUCCUUGUCUCAAACCUCGGAGAAACUCGUCCUAGCCGAUGUGGAAAAGGAGAGUUUGCUGAAUGAUAACGCUUCGCUUGCUAAUAUUGUAAAGAAGCUUCAGAGGGAUGUUUCCAAGUUGGAGGUCUUUAGAAAGAAGCUUAUGCAGUCGCUUCAAGAGGAUGAAGAAAGUUCAGUUGGAGGUCCUCGUAUCGUUGCGAAACUAACUCCACCGGAAGACGAUGCGACCGUUCCUUCAAGAAAUUCUUUCGAGGAGGAGCAUGAUGCAGACGCCUCGAGACCUGACAGACCUCAGCUGCUAGCAUCACAAACAAGCACUCCUCGGCUAACUCCUCCGGCUUCCCCAUCGAGUCUCUCAGCUUCUGCUUCUCCAACAAGAACAUCGAAGCCAGUGUCCCCUAGGAGACAUUCGGUUUCGUUUUCUACCUCGAGAGGCAUGUUUGAUGAUAGGCCGUCGAUACGGAGCUCCGAUUCUGGAUCACAGACUGGACGCACUCGGGUCGAUGGAAAAGAAUUCUUCCGCCAAGCCAGGAACCGGUUGUCUUACGAGCAGUUCAGCGCAUUCCUGGGAAAUGUUAAAGAAUUGAAUUCCCACAAGCAAACCAGAGAAGAGACUUUAAGGAAAGCAAACGAGAUUUUCGGCCCCGAUAACCGAGAUCUUUAUGCAAUAUUCGAGGGUCUGAUUAAUCGCAACCUCCAUUAAAUCAACUGAAAGCUAAAACAGCACCCACGGUUUGUAAUCAUCUGUUCUUCCUCUUUGUGAUUUAUAUGACAACUUUUGGUGUAAAGUUGCUUUAUAAAGCUUCAAACUCUAUAUAAUGUAUAUGUAGAUACUCUUUGAACUUUUAUCUCUAUUUGAAGCAUAGUUUUAAUGAAUUUUUA